AUGGAUGUUGAGAUCCUUCAGCGACAAUCCGGACGAGCUACGCGAGGCGUUGAUCAGCGAGUCCUUCCGCACCGAAGCCCAGGUGCAGGAGGUCACCAUGGAGCAGAGGCAAAGCUAGUCGAAGACUUGGCUCGAGGAGACCUCGCCGACGUCCUACACAACAGCCACGCUCCUAGCCAUGUCUAUGUCUGGGAACCGUACUUCCCAGACCUGCACAGCGAUCCUGGCUCACCUGGGUACAAGGAGGUUCGGUGUCUCAUUCUCGGUAACGGAGGAUAUUCAAGGCGCAACAUGUUUUGCUACACGGCAUUGGUGCUCGAGGCUACUGGUCAAGAGGACGAGUAUUGGCGCGUGGGCUUGUGCUCCAUCAAUCCUAGGCAGAUAUGCGAUAACUAG